CAGUACAGCUUCAAUUCGAUCAUGGAAGGUAGUAGAUUCAACAACCCUUUUGUCAGCGAACACGAAGAGUCUUCCGUUAAUACUUCUGAAAGAGGUGCAGACUCUCCGGUCCCCGGCAACUUCAACGACGGAAAAACUAGUCCCACUACUACUACUAGUACUGCUGCUACUGCCUUAGCUUCUCCCAGAAAAAGUCGCCGAGCUGUGCAGAAGAGGGUUGUAUCAGUUCCGAUUGCAGAUUUGGAUGGUUCUCGGAUCAAGGGCGAAGGAGCUCCACCGUACGAUUCUUGGGCCUGGAGGAAGUACGGCCAGAAACCCAUCAAGGGUUCUCCAUAUCCCAGGGGUUACUAUCGAUGCAGUAGUUCCAAGGGGUGUCCCGCGAGAAAGCAAGUAGAGAGGAGCCGUGUGGACCCCACUAUGCUUGUCGUCACAUACGCGUGUGAGCACAACCACCCUUGGCCCGCUUCCAAAAACCAACAACAACAACCAAAGCAGCAAACUACUCCUCCCACCACCGCCGUCGCCGCUACCGUCACCGCUGCCACCACUUCAACGACCUCAUCAACCACUUCCACCGCCGAAACAAUCCCCGACACUCCUAAGGUCAAAUACGAAGAACCGGUCCUUUUCGCGAACCAACCCGAUAUCGAACCGGACGAGAAAUUCGCGGAACUCGGCGAAGAAUCCAUGAUCACGACUGACGAUUUCAGCUGGUUCUCUGACAUGACUUCUUCUUCCUCCACCACUAUACUAGAGAGCCCGUUCUGUGCGGAAAGCACCAGUAGAGGAGACGCUGAUGUAGCGAUGCUAUUUCCGAUGAGAGAAGAGGAUGAAUUGCUAUACGCUGAUCUUGGGGAAUUGCCGGAAUGUUCGUUGGUUUUCCGGCAAAGUGGGUUGUUCGAGCAAGAUGAGGAGCGCCGGCGAUGUAGUUUGAGGGCGGCUCCUCUCUGUGGGAGCUCAGUAUGAGAGUUGU